UCCGUCUACAGUAAAAUAAGAGCGAGGAGCUAGCCGAAAAGCCCUCUCUGUGUGCUAGUGGUAAAUUUGUUUUCCCACUUUGUCCACACCUCACAGCUGGACACAGCACUCUCCAUUUCUCCUGUUCCGCACCAAUCGGCAGCCAACACGAGGCCAGAGCCACCCCAAAACCCUCGCAGCAAACUCAGCGAGGAUCCCCACCCCUACCUAAGCCCUAGACCCCUCACCGGCGACCAUGCCCGCCGCCGCCGCCGCCGCGUCCGGGACGGCCGUGGCUUCCUACACCGACUACAUCCCCGACUCCGUCAAGAGCUUCGUCUCCGACCUCUACCGCUCCAUCCGCGGCGGCGACGUGGUCGGGACCGACAAGCUGUACGAGGGCGACUUCCGCCGCCUCUCCGCCCGCGUCUACCGCGACAAGCCCUGGCCGCCCGCCAAGGCCGUCGCGUCCUACUGCGACGACGACCACGUCUUCCUCCUCCUCUACAGCGAGCUCACGUCCCGCCACGCCCACGCGCGCCUCCCAGGCCUCACCCUCACGCACGGCGCCGACUCCUGGGACACCUACUGCUCCCUCUUCACCGUCGUCCUCCAGAACGUCCUCACCAUGCAGCUGCCCAACCAGUGGCUCUGGGACAUGGUCGAUGGGUUCGUGUCCCAGUUCCAGAGAUUCUGCGAGUACCGCACCAAACUCGAGGACAAGACCGAGGAGGAGAUCAGCCUACUCAAGCGGUUCGACCAGGCAUGGAGUGUGUAUGGGGUUUUUAAUUACUUGAAGGCACUGGUGGAGAAUUCGAUGAUCAGAGAGAUCCUGGAGAGGGAGGAGGGGCUUGAGCAGUUCACGAUGAUGAACGGGUAUGAGCACAAGCAGGGUGGGAGCAAUGUGUUGAAGAUGCUGGGGUACUACAGCAUGAUUGGGCUGCUGAGGGUGCAUUGCCUGAUAGGGGAUUACCAUACUGGGCUGAGGUGCUUGUUGCCUAUAGAUAUUGGCCAGCAGGGUGUCUACACCACUGUAACUGGGAGCUACAUUUCCACUAUCUACUACUAUGGUUUUGCCAACUUCAUGAUGCGCAGGUAUGCUGACGUGAUACAUCAAUUCAACAAAAUUCUGCUGUAUAUCCUGAAGUAUAAGCAAUACGAUGAGAAGUCUCCGCAGUAUGACUUUCUACUGAAGAAGAAUGAGCAGAUGUAUGCACUAUUGGCAAUCUGCCUCUCAUUGUGCCCACAGAACAAUCUAAUAGCUGAAGAUGUUAGCACUGAGCUGAAGGGGAAGUAUGGUACCGAAAUGGAAAAGAUGCUUAGAGGUGAUGGUCAGGCACAUUAUGAUGAACUCUUUUCCCUUGCCUGCCCCAAGUUCAUUGCUGCAUGGCCUCCAGUUUUAAAAGAGCCAUUCACAAACUACAACCAGGAUGUAUAUCGUCUUCAGUUGAAGCUGUUUCUUGAUGAAGUGAAGCAACAGCUAUUUCUUGGGGAUAUCAGAAGCUUUCUAAAAGUGUUUUCAGUGAUAACGAUUGGCAGACUUGCGCAGCACAUGAGAUUGGAUGAGAACGCUCUAAGGGCAAUCCUUCUGGCGUACACCCGCAAAACUCAUGCCGUUGACAAUUACGGAAAGAUCACAUCCAGUGCAGACUUUGACUUCUAUAUUGAUGAGGAAACAAUUCACGCUACUGAAUCCAAGUCAAGCAAGCACCACCAUGAUUACUUUUUGACGCAUAUUUCGAAGCUUGAGGAAGUGAUGGGCGAGCUGAGUGAAGUACAGCUAGCUGAGCCUGCAAUUUCCCCGGGUGAAGAAGCUUGCAUGUUUCCUUCUUACGACGGGGCGCACUGGCACUGCUGAUGGUUAAUGCAAAAGAUUUUGUUGCCGUAUUGAGCGAUCCUUUUUGUCUCCUGUGAACGAAAUCCUCGCCAACUAGAAGGUUACGACUGCAUUAACGACGCUAACCCUUUCAGCCAUGUAUCGGAAUGGCAAGUUCUGCUCAUGAACACUGUUUCUGGGCUGUAUAAUCGACACACCCAAAUGGUUAUGAUGAUGUCAGUGUGUCCGUGUCACAACUGUCACGUUUGAAUGGCUGUGAUGUUGAUCGAAAGACAUCUAAGUGGUGGUGAUGUGUAAA